AGAUAUCGUUUCGAGUAUUUAUUUUGUAAUCAGGACAAGACAAUGGAGGACACAAAGACUGACUUGGAUAUUAUAUAUCGCAAAAAGAUCGCUUCCUUCAUGCGUAUGCAUCAGGAAGCUUUGAAGUUCGCGCAAAUUCUUGAAAGCGUCUUUACCAUACCUUUCACAGUGCAAUUAUUCAUAAACACGAUAGGAAUAAGCGCCAACUUGCUGCAAGUCGCGCAAAGCUCAGACUUCUUCAAGAUACUGAGGUACAUGCUUUACGUCUUCUCUCAACUGUUCCAUUUAUUCAUCUUCAGCUUCGAGGGCCAGAGACUGAUGGAUCACAGUCUUCAGACGCACGAUAAGAUAUACAACAGUCCUUGGUACGAAGCUCCCAUGAAAUCGCAGAAGCUUAUUGUUAUGGUGAUGCUACGGAGUUUGCAGCCGACAUGCUUGAGUGCCGGCAAGAUCUACAUUUUCUCCUUGCAGAGCUUCAGCGCGGUUCUGCAGACUUCAAUGUCAUACUUCACGGUGCUCGCAUCCUUUUACUAGUUCAUAAUCAGUGGCGACUGAUAUCCUGCUAGUGAUACAUGUAUAGGCGUCUUUCUUCAUUUUAUGUAGUAAUAAUAAAAUAAUAUUUCUUACUUUGCAUAUUGUUACAUCAUUCGGUCAUUUUCCGUGUACUCACUCAUACACAUACAUUGGAAGGCUCCGAAACGAGUG